ACAGGCCUCGCGCGCACGUCAUGGCGGUGGCCCUGAUCUCAGCGGCGCGCGCCUUGCCUUCCAAAACUCUCUUCACCUCAAUGAAACGGACUUGACCUCAUUGCCUGCCUAAUCUCGUGAACCCACCCCCGCCUCAUGUUCAGCGGACUCUACAGCCAAACCAUGCCCGACGCGCACGCGCAAGCGACACAGGCGCUCGAGGAGGAGUCCCGAUACAGAUUCGCGUCGUUCUCCGCUUCCGAUGCGGUGACCUUGGGCCUCUCCAUCCGCAAGCGCUUCCGCGCCUCCCACCGACACGCCAAAGGCAAAGGCCUCGUCAUCUCCAUCCAAACCAUCGCCGGGCACACCCUCUUCGCCUGCACCGUCGGCGACCUCGGCCACGCCUCUGGCAUCGGCGACGUCGGCUUGGACAGCUGGGCGGUCGCGCACGGGCUCAUCGAGGUGGUGCGCCGGACGGGGCACUCGAGCUUCUACGUGGAGAAGGCGCUGAACGCGCUCGGCAAGCCGGCGAAGGAGCUAGGCCUGGAUAGCGACGCGAAGGUGGUUGGGGGAGCGUUUCCUAUAUGGCUUGAUAACGCACCGUGCUGUCCGAUAGCUAUCGUCUCGUGCUACUCAGGAUCCUCGCAAGAUGAUCACAACCUUGUCGUCACGACCGUCCGCGACUUCAUCUCCAAACUGAUGCGCACAAGCGGCAGCGCCGGCAUGCCCGCGCCCUCCGUCGCAGCUUCGAAUGGGCAGUCGGUCCCCGUUGUCCCUAUCCACGAUAACCAUGAAGGAUGGCUCCCCGAACCCGCCUCGCCUGCGAAUUCGCAGUUCUCACCGCAGAACUCCCAGUUCUCGCCCCGCAACUCAUACGCGCCACAGGGCCAGUACACGCCGCAGGGAGGAGCCCAGUACACACCUCAAAGUGCACAAUACACGCCUCAGGGCGGCGCGCAAUAUACGCCUCGAGGAGGGGAACAGUACACCCCGCAGGGAGGUGCGCAGUAUACGCCUCAGAGCCAGCGUUCGGGCACGGAGUACGACCAUUCGGACUGAAGAUACUGUAUACAAGAGCGGAUACGCAUUUCCAUAACGAUGUUAUAUUCGGUACAGCAAGACAUCUAUCAUCUGUAGCAGACGGCGAGGUCUACAACAGACGACAGACUCUAUGAAGACAUGAUUGGAGGA